AUGGUCAAAGAAACCAAAUUUUACGAUAGCUUGGGCAUCAAGCCAGAUGCCACCCAAGAUCAAAUCAAGAAAGCAUACCACAAAAUGGCACUGAAGUAUCACCCAGAUAAGAACAAGGAUAAACCAGAUACCAGCGAAAAAUUCAAAGACGUUUCCCAAGCAUACGAAAUCCUAUCCGAUCCCGAAAAACGAAAGACCUACGAUGCGUUAGGUGAGCGGGGCUUUCAGGGAGGAGCAAUGCCAGAUGAUGCUGAGGCUGGGCAUAAUCCAUAUGCAGGUGCCGGUGGUAUGCCAGGAGGCUUCAAUUUCGCAUCUGGGGGUAUGCCAAGUGGAGGACAAUCAUUCCACUACGGAUUCGAUAACAGUGGUGGUGGUAGUGGUGGUGGAUUCAACUUCAGCAAUCCAGAGUCCAUAUUCUCCGAAUUCUUACGAGGACAAGCUGGCAUGGGAGGCGCUGGAGGAUUUGAGGAUUUGUUUGAACAAAUGCCAAGGUCUCGAACAUCUGGAGGUGGGCGCACUCGAGCUCAGCAAUUUGGUGCCUCAGACGCACGACAAAGACAACCAACCCCAGAAGUCACCACUGUUGAACGACCACUACCACUGUCGCUUGAGGAAUUGUUCAAGGGCGCUCACAAGAAGAUGAAGAUUAAGCGAAAGGCAUUUGACGAAGUUACCGGAAAGCGAACCACCCAAGAUAAAGUCCUAGAAAUGGAUAUCAAGCCGGGAUUAAAAAAGGGUAGCAAGAUCAAGUUUAAGGGUGUUGGAGAUCAAGAAGAAGGUGGGCAGCAAGAUCUGCACUUUAUCAUCGAAGAGAAAGCACAUCCACUUUACACCCGCCAAGGUGACGAUCUUCACGCAACGGUAGACCUCGAUCUGAAAGAAGCUCUUACAGGCUGGAAACGAACAGUAACCACCAUCGAUGGCAGACAAAUCAACAUUGAGAAGUCCGGCCCUACACAACCCGGCUCAACCGAUAUGUAUCCUGGUCUAGGAAUGCCUCUAAGCAAGAAACCGGAUCAGAGAGGAAACUUCGUCGUCGAUGUGAAUGUGAAAUUUCCGACAAGCUUGACCUUUGAGCAAAAGCGGAAGCUGAAGGAGAUUUUGUAA